UUCACCAGCGCAUGAAACGCACCUGCGAGGACAUUCACGAUACAAUGCUGCAAAUUGCAUUCUCACCCAUAACGAAACACUUCAAACAGAUUGAGCCCGCUGCCACUGGCCCGACCGGGGCAGCCGGUGGUACAACGGCAAUGGACACACUGCCGGACUACAGCUACGCACCGCAGGAAUACAUCACGCUCAUUAGUCAGUAUUUGCUUACGCUUCCGCAGCAUCUGGAACCGCUGCUGUUGUCGCCGGCCGCUGCACUGAAAUCGGUGCUGGAGGUGGUGGCAGACCAUCGAUACGCGUCUAACCGACCGUGUGCCGACGUGUUUCUUGCCCUCGUCGUGGAGGAGUAAGCGUUGUACGUUGAGCAAAUAGAGAACAUUUGCUCGCUGAGCGUGUCGGGAGCGAAACAGCUGGCCACCGAUAUUGAGUACUUUGGCAGCGUGCUGGAAGAGAUGGGACAAUCUCUGGGUGGUAAUCUGCAACAAACGGUUAAACUUCUGCGCGCUCCUUUGGAGUCGUACGCUUCGGCAGCAACCGGAUGUGAUCCGGAGCUGGUAGCCGCAUUCGUCAGAAGCGCAAUUUAA